GUUUGAUGUAGGAGUCCUGAUAUGUCCUGAUGCACUUGCAGAUUGAUUUGGAUAUUUUUUGUGGGAAGCUGCUUUGCAGAGAUUGGAGUUUUUGGGCAGCAGUUUGUUGUUCAAGGAGGGGGUGUCUUGCGAAAUAGCAAGUCCAGAGCCCAUGUUCUAAGUAUGUCGUGGUCGGUGGCGGAGCCAAGCUUUAGCUCUGGGAGUCCUGAAAGCUGUGAGGAUGGGCUAGAGGAGGUUGGAGAAGAGAGCCGCGGGACAAUAGGUGACUUGGCCAAGAUCCCAACAAGCGACACGCUGGUGAUCACUCCUGAGGAGCUGAGGGACAAGUCGAAGACCGAUGGAAAAGGCCCAGUGAUGCACAAGGUGGUGAUACCACCUCAAAGGCGUGCGAAAGAUCACAACCGCAGCCCCUCGCGCGAGAUGUCUCCGAUUCUGAGGACGCGGCGCUCGCAGAUCCCCUCCCGGCUCUUGAGCCCCAUUGCGCUGUCCAUGCCCAGUCGGGCCAGCCUUGGUGCCCAAAACCGCGCUGCACCACUCGCAGCGCGCACGAUCAGUCCUCCACGGGAGUCGCCACAAAAGAUUCCCUCACGCUUUGAAGCAAAAGAUUCCCGUGCCCGUACACCUCCGGUACCAGAUGUCAGGGAUGUGAGAGAUGCGCGAAGUCCCACUCGCAUGGUCAUGCGAAUGUGGUCCCGUCCAUCCAGGCACAGCAUAGGCUCUUGCACCACGCCCUAUGCCACACCGCCUGUGCCUAGCCGCUCGGCCAGUCAGGGAAGGCUUGAGCGACCCGAAAAGAGGGAACGCACGGUGAAAGUCGCGGUCACCGGUCGAAGCAGUCAGACAGGUCCAAUGACUCAGAGUCAUCCAGGAACUGACAAAGAUGAUGCAGGCCGGACUCAGCUGAUGCAUGCAGUGCGAGCAGGUGAUUUGCAGAGGGUGACCAGCUUGUUGCGAGCCGGUUGCUGGGUGCAUGACACGGAUUCCUGUAAGUGUACAGCUUUGAUGUAUGCUGCCACAUCCGGGCACGUUGCAAUUGCGCACUGCUUAGUGGAACAUGCUGCAAAUGUCAAUGCUCAAAGCCAUGAUAAGUGGACUCCAUUAAUUGCUGCUGCAUACAAUGGCCAUGUGUCAAUGGCAGAUUUCCUGGUCUCCAGGGGGGCAGACGUGGAGUAUGCCGAUGAACGAGGAUGGACUGCUUUGAUGCAUGUGGCCUUCAAUGGACGCCAGGACAUUGUGCGAUGUUUGCUCCAGUAUGGUGCACGAGUGGAGAGGGAAGAUAAGGAAGGCCGAACGGCUCUGGUCUACGCGGCCUUCGGCGGGCAUCUUGAGAUUGUGAAAUGCUUCUUGGCCUACGGCCGACUUCAAUCUGGGAAAUGGCAUCUCGGUGGAGACGGUGCAGCUCAAUUGGCAAUGAUGUUCGCAGCCGAUAAGGGCCAUGCUCACGUGGUGCAAGCCUUUUUGGAUGCAUCCUUGGCGUCCGCCCCUACGAAGCGUUCUGCGCUUGAGCUCGCCAAUGCGAAUGGUCAUCAUCAAGUGGUUCAACUGCUCCAGAGUGACCAAGUCCAAGAAGGGGUGGCGAAGUGAGUUGAAAGCGGCCUGAAAAGCACGAGGCUAGAGCCUGACAUGAAUGAAGCAAUUACAUGUCCAACAUGGCCAUUGUACAAGUCCAGGGUGACUUAGAUCCUCUGUCCGCAAAGUCCAAGGCAUUUUUCAGGGUGAGAUCAAGGCAUGAUGUGAUCAUUUUGAGGUUCUCAUCAAAGCGAGACGCAUCAAAGACAGAUGUUUGAUGCCUUUGGAUUGGCCAUGAGUGCCAACAAGGUCAAUGCACAAGUCUGUUGGGAUCAGACUUGUUGACUGUGAACUCUGGGGGGCAAAGGGUAGAAAAAAA